GGCCGGAGCAUGCGGGGCGCGGCGCUCGCUGCCUAGAGCCGCCCGGGCCAUGCUGCCCCCCGGGCCGGGCCGCCCGCCGCCGCCGCGCCCCGCCCCAGCCCCCGGCGCGCGGGGUCCCCUCCGGGCUGCGGAACUCGGCGCCGCCGCCACCCCCUGCCCGCCGCCGCCUCCCGCCGGGGCCAUGCAGCGGGAGCCCGGCGCCGGGCAGCCGGAGUCCCGGCGCGCCGCGCGGCUCUGAGCCCGGAGCCCGCAGCCGCAGCCGCUAUGGAGCCGCCGGUGGCGGCCAGGAAGAGCCUGUCGCUGUCCCUGCCUGGCCCCGCCACGCUCAAGCCCCCGCAGCACCUGUGGCGACAGCCGCGGACGCCGAUCCGCAUCCAGCAGCGCGGCUACUCGGACACGGAGCGCGGGCGCCCCCCGCACCGGCCCAUGGAGCGGGCCGACGCCCUGGAUGCCACCGACCGCCCGGGGCUCAAGAAGUGCCGUAUGUCCUGGCCCUCCUCCUUCCAGGGCACCCCCAGUGCCGGCGCCCAUGGCGGGGCUAAGCGCCUGGAGUCAGAGAAUGGGCCGUGGGGGGGCCGGAGCCCACUGGAGCCGCAGGCGAGCCCAGGGCUGGUGCUGGCCCCAAGCUUCCCACAGAGCCAGCGGCGUGAGUCCUUCCUGUACCGCUCUGACAGCGACUAUGACAUGUCCCCCAAGACCAUGUCCCGCAACUCCUCAAUCACCAGUGAUGCCCACGCUGAGGACUUUAUCGUCACCCCCUUUGCCCAGGUACUGGCCAGUCUGCGCAGCGUCCGGAGCAACUUCUCCAUCUUGGCCAAUGUGCCCACACCCACAACCAGCAAGAGGUCGCCCGUGGGCAGCCAGCCACCUGUUUGCAAGGCCACGCUGUCAGAGGAGACGUACCAGCAGCUGGCCAAGGAGACACUGGAGGAGCUAGACUGGUGCCUGGACCAGCUGGAAACCAUCCAGACCUACCGCUCCGUCAGCGAGAUGGCCUCCAACAAGUUCAAGAGGAUGCUGAACCGUGAGCUGACCCACCUGUCCGAGAUGAGCCGCUCUGGCAACCAGGUCUCCGAGUACAUCUCCAGCACCUUCCUCGACAAGCAGAACGAUGUGGAGAUCCCAUCGCCGACCCCCCGUGACCGCGAGAAGAAGAAGAAGCAGCAGCCGAUGGCCCAGAUCAGUGGCGUCAAGAAGCUCACGCACAGCUCGAGCCUCAGCAACUCCAGCAUUCCUCGCUUUGGCAUCAAGACUGACCAGGAGGAGCUGCUCAGCAAGGAGCUCGAAAACUUGAACAAGUGGGGCCUGAACAUUUUCCAUGUGGCUGAGUUCUCCAACAGCCGCUCCCUGAGCUGUAUCAUGUACACAAUAUUCCAGGAGCGGGAGCUGGUGAAGACGUUCAAGAUCCCGGUGGACACGCUGCUCACGUACGUCAUGACGCUGGAGGAUCACUACCACGCCGAUGUGGCCUAUCACAACAGCCUGCACGCCGCAGACGUCACCCAGUCUACCCAUGUCCUACUUUCCACCCCUGCCCUCGACGCUGUCUUCACCGAUCUGGAGAUCCUGGCCGCACUUUUUGCCGCCGCUAUCCAUGAUGUUGACCACCCAGGCGUCUCCAACCAGUUCCUCAUCAACACCAACUCGGAACUGGCACUGAUGUACAAUGACGAGUCAGUGCUGGAAAACCACCACCUGGCCGUGGGCUUCAAACUGCUGCAGGAGGAAAACUGCGACAUCUUCCAGAACUUGAGCAAACGGCAGCGCCAGACCCUGCGCAAAAUGGUCAUCGACAUGGUCCUGGCCACAGACAUGUCAAAGCACAUGAGCCUCUUGGCCGACCUCAAGACAAUGGUGGAGACCAAGAAGGUGACAAGCUCAGGGGUGCUGCUGCUGGACAACUACACCGACCGGAUACAGGUGCUGAGGAACAUGGUGCACUGCGCGGACCUGAGCAACCCCACAAAGCCACUGGAGCUGUAUCGGCAAUGGACGGACCGCAUCAUGGAGGAGUUCUUCCGGCAAGGCGACAAGGAGCGGGAGCGCGGCAUGGAGAUCAGUCCCAUGUGCGACAAGCACACGGCCUCCGUGGAGAAGUCCCAGGUUGGCUUCAUCGACUACAUCGUGCACCCCCUGUGGGAGACAUGGGCUGACUUGGUGCACCCGGACGCACAGGAGAUCCUGGACACGCUGGAGGACAACCGAGACUGGUAUCAUGGCAUGAUCCCGCAGAGCCCAUCGCCACCCCCAGAGCCUGGCCCUGGUGUCGACCCCACGCUCGACAAAUUCCAGUUCGAGCUGACACUGGAGGAGGAAGCCGAGGCUGAGGACUCAGACCUGCUCAAGUGCAGCCACCCCCUGCCUGGCACCGCCCUGGAGCCCCUGGGCCCUGGGGACCAGGAGAAGGAUGGGAACACGGGACAGGACACAGCCAAGCCCGGGGGCUCGUGACUCAGGGUUUGGCCCACCCCAGCCCAUGGGGCAGAGACUGAGGCCACAACGCUGCUCUCCUCUGUCUGGAUCUUUCUUUUUAUGGGUUUUUUUUGUGUUCUGGCUCCGGUUCCGGGCUCUAGCCUCUGGCUCGGGUUCCUGCUCUGGUUCUAGCUCUGGUUCUGGCUCCAGUUCCACAUUCUGGUUCUAGCUCCGACUCUAGCACGUGGUUCUAGCUCCGGUUCCAUUUGCAGCUCUGGUUCUUGUUUUUGGUUCUAGGUCCAGUUCUGGUUCCCAGUUCCAGUUCCGGGGUUUUUUAUCGUCUCUUUUUCUUUUUCGUUUUUUUUUAAAAAAUUUUGGAAAAAGGAAAAAAAAACAGGAAAAAAAACCAAAAUGGAGAACACGACAAAAAGGGAACACGCACACGCACGCACAUGCGUGAGCCUGCGCCCACGCACUCACACACGCCAACUGUAGAGGUGGGACCCCCCUGCCCCCUGGCACUUUGGACACUUCUUGUUUCAGUUGUUAGUAAGGUUUGUUCCUGCUCCUGCGUUGGGGGGGGGGGGGGGGAUUGGGAGGAUCCCUGAGCAGCUUCCCCCCAACAACCACACCCCCAAGCCAUGUCCAGCCCCAGAGAUGCUGAUUUUUAAACUGAGUGUGGAUUGAUGCUGGGGUGUGGGGAGCAGCCACUUAGACCUCUCUCACCCUCUCCCCCACCCCAGCAGUCCCCUCAGACCCAGUGCAGUGCCUUGGGCUGCCCCCCACCCCCUUAACACCUCUCUUUUUCUCCCUUAACUUAUGGGGAGGGGGUCCCUGGGGGAGGGUUUAAUCUUUUCCUUCCCUUUGCAGUGGUGAAGCGUCUGAGAAUUGAUCUUGGAGUGGGAACACCCCCCCAUGUGGGGCAGGGUCUGUUCUCAAGGGUGACACCCCCUGUCCCCCAUGCCACAACGUGGCCCCUCUCCUCCCCCCCUCCCCGCCAAGUCUUCCUGUCUCCAUCUUUUUGCACAAACCUGGCAAUACGGCCACAGGGGACGAGUGAGAACAGCAGGAACCCCCUGACCCCACCCCCCCACGGCCCCCUGCAGCUCUCCAGUUUGCCCUGACUUUUGCCUCAUGAUCAAGCCAAGAUCCCAUCCCUGCCCCCAGCAGCCCCCAGCCCCUGCCCCACAGAAUGCCCCUGCCCAGUGCCUCCCUCCCCUCAAGAGGAGCUCCAGGCCUUGUCCCCCACAUCCCUCUCCGCUGCUCCAGCCUGGCUUAACCAGGGGACUUGGGGAACACAUUCCUGCCAAGUCAGUGCAGCUGGAUGCCCCCAUGGAGCAGGCAGGGGGAGUGGGUGCCCAGUGCCCCUGAGGUCUAGCUGGAGAUGUUUGGAGGGGGGAUGGUGAGGCCACAGCUGGGCCCCCUCCUUGGGGCAAAAGGUCAGUGCAACCCCAACAGGGCACCCAGGCCCUGACCUCCCCCCCAAGCUCUUGAAGCCAUGUCCCUCCUUUGCAUGGAGAGGCAGCCCUUGCCCUAUUCUGUCUGGGCCAGACCCCCCCCCCCCCCAGUGCAUCCCCACUAAUUAGGAGUGAAGCAAUAAUAAGCCCCCCUACCCCACCCUGCUUCAUCCAGCUUGUCACCAAAGCAUCUCCAUGCCAAGCCCCUGUUCCCCCAGCCCUCCCCUCCAGGGCUGCAAGGGGGGAGUGGGCUGGGGGCUGCUACCCCCAUAACACAGUACUGUAGCAAUCAAUGUGUCUGCUCCAGCCUCCCUGGAGGGGGGGCUGGGGGGGUCCCCAUCCCCCCUCCCACCCUUCCCACCGUAGAGCUUUUAUUUUUGUAUGCGGGUCGGUCCGUGUGGGGCCGGGGUCGCCCUGUACAUACUGUGAAUAGCCACUGUAAAUGACCCCCCUGGGAGAAGGGAAUGCCCCCCUCAUGGGGGGGCAGGGCUGGGGGAGCGGUGCUACCUGCACCCCCUGCCUGCCCCCCACACCUCUUGUACAGACCCCCCCACCAUGUACCAUACACCCCCCCCUCCUGGGCACCGUCCGUCCUCGGUCACAAGGUCCUUGCAAUGUUCGCCCCUCUCCAGCCAGUCACAAUAAAAGCCAGGAGGAAGGGA